CACAUUCAUUAAUUAAGCCUUUAUCAUCCACACAAAUAUUUUCAUCUGCCCCCUCCCCCUUCUCCUUGAAACCAAUCAAGUAUCCUCUUUUUGACUCCUUUCGCUUCUUAACUCCCUGUUUCCUUAAUCAUUUAACAAUAAUAAAGAGGAUCUGUUGAACUGCAGAACUUCUUUUCUGAGCUGGGUUUUCCUUUUUCCUUACAAGGCUUCUUUUCUUUCUUUGUUGCUAGCUAGCUCCUGCAUGAAACAGAGUUCCCUCACUUGCUUGUCACUAUUGCAAUGAAGUAUAUCAGAACCAACAGCUUCAAACGGUUGUUCUCAUUAAAAAGACGCAGUUUUGAAGAAGAUGUUGCAAACACCCAACAUGGGGUUUUUGAAGAAGAAGAAGAAGACAACCGCAAAGAAAGCUCCAAGAUUGUUUCAGUUACAGAGCAUUCUCAGAGACCUUCGUGGAGAUGCUUCUCCUUUCAAGAAAUCUCUCUUGCCACCAAUGCUUUUAGCUCAGAGAAUUUGGUAGGCAAAGGAGGGUAUGCAGAGGUAUACAAAGGAGUGAUGAAGGAUGGGGAGGAGAUUGCAGUGAAGAAACUAACAAAAGCUUCAACUGAUGAAAGGAAAGAGAAGGAUUUCUUGACUGAAAUUGGAACUAUUGGUCAUGUCUGCCACCCAAAUGUAUUGUCACUUUUAGGCUGUUGCAUUGACAAUGGCCUUUAUCUCAUCUUUCAGUUCUCUUCCAAAGGCUCUGUUGCUUCUCUUCUCCAUGAUGCGAAUUUGCCAUCAAUGGACUGGAAAACAAGGUAUAAGAUUGCAAUUGGUACUGCAAGAGGACUCCAUUACUUACAUAAAGGAUGUCAAAGAAGGAUAAUUCACCGGGACAUUAAGUCUUCGAAUAUUCUAUUGACUGCAGAUUUUGAACCUCAGAUAUCAGAUUUUGGACUAGCAAAAUGGCUUCCUUCUCAAUGGACACACCAUUCAAUUGCUCCAAUUGAAGGGACAUUCGGGCAUUUAGCGCCUGAGUACUUUAUGCAUGGAAUUGUGGACGAGAAGACAGAUGUGUUUGCAUUUGGAGUUUUUUUAUUGGAGAUUAUUUCAGGGAGGAAACCAGUUGAUGCUUCUCACCAAAGCUUGCACUGCUGGGCAAAACCACUCUUGAAACGCGAUGAGAUUGAAAAAUUGGUAGAUCCAAGGCUCCGAGGGGCCUUUGAUGUUUCGCAGCUAAAAAGACUUGCCUUCGCGGCAUCUCUCUGCAUUCGAGCAUCUUCAGCUUGGCGUCCUACCAUGAAUGAGGUUUUGGAAGUUCUUGUGGAAGGUGGUGAUACUGAUAAAGAGAGGUGGAAAAUGCCAGAAGAAGAAGAGGACCAAGAAGAAUUCUGGGGCUUUGAGGAUCUUGAAUAUGAAUGUCAUAGUUCUUUCUCAGUUUCUCCAGAAGAUUCAAUCUCUACAAGUUCUUAGAGGGAAAUUGAUCCAAGUGCUAAGAAAAUCCCAACCACUGCUAUUGUCUUCAUGUAAAUACAAAUAUUGUUGCAAUUAUAAAUACAUAUAUAGAGUGAACUAUUACAUCAAAACUUCCCCUUCAGUAUUAGACACUCAUUUCACCUUCUA